AAAGUUUUGAUCAUGAAGUAAGAUGAACAAAAGAUUAAUAUUUGUAAAAAUAUGUUCUGUAAUCUUAGUAAUAUUCAGCCAAGUAAAAUGCCGAAAAUACGACAUCGAAGACGAAGCCAUGAAGUUGUACGGGGAAGAUUUGAAAUCCGUCUUACAACGAUUCAGGAGGACCCCUGACUAUCUGAAGAUAUUGAACGAUAAGAAGGAAGAACUCAAAGCAUAUCUUGAAGAAGUUGGUCUCCAAACUCUUUACCAUUACAACAAUAAGAUGACUGAGAAAAUUGAGAAUAUGUACCGACCCAAGGAAGAUCAAGAGACCACUGUUUCUGACGGAUUGAGAUCCGUCCGGAGUCCCUUCAUCAACCUCCCUGUGGAUUCCCACUUUGGCUCCAACCAUAUCCAAGACUAUAUCCACCAUCUCCACAACCCUGGGAGACAGGGGGAGGAGGACAACAGGAGCCCGGUGGAGAAGCUGGACUCCUACCAUCUCCUGACCAGCUCUCUGACACUGCAGGAGCGGAAUAUGUUCAGGGACCUUGGAUUCGAGUUUGCGGGCAAAAUUAUCCACUCCAUCAUCAAGAGCAUGGGCGAGGACUUCUCCGAGAAGUCCACCAGGCUGCCACUGCACGGCGUUGAUGACCGUAAAUACUCGUCCACCACAGAACAUUACCACGACAUGUUCCCUCAAGACAACCCAAGCACUCAAGCAGACGUGGUGCCGACUGACGAGACCUUCAUGUAUAAGUACCGGGCUCCUAAGGUGUCGGGAAUGAAGAAAAACAAGAUAAAGAAAUAA